GGGUGUGAUGAUGAUAAUACGCGGGCUUAUAUAACCCUCCGCAUCUUGCAAGCGCUUCGCAGACAGUCUCUCAUGACUCCCUAGGCCGGUGUCGGGCCGGGAGGCUUAGCGGCAACUAGGAAACCCCAGCCCGAGGAGGUCAGAAGGGAGGGCUGUGAGGGUCAGAGGCCAGGCUUUCCAGGCUCCCCUGCGCCUGGGAGGUCAGGGCAGAUAAGCAACAAUGCCUCUCGCCCUCAGGAGGAGGAAGGAAGUCCCGCCACCUUAUCUCUGCUCCUCUGCAUGCUCCCCGUUCCCAGAGUUUUUUCUCUAGAGAAGAUUUUGAAGGCGGCUUUUGGGCUAACUGACACCUACCAUCAUCUGAAGACAGUGAAUUUGGCAAAUGACACACUGGUUCUCUGGAACAGAGAAAUUGAAGACGAUUUUUAAAGGACCCCAUCUGCAGAUGUUCUGAAUACCUCUGAGUCUAGAAACUGACUAUUCUACCAGGACACCCAAUUCAAGACCUGCAGAAGCCAGGAGACUGAGACGUUUUGUCAGCUGUGCGACACUGGACCGAACACAAUGAAGUAUUCUUGCUGUGCUCUGGUUUGGGCUGUCCUGGGCACAGAACUGCUUGGGAGCCUCUGUUCGACUGUCAGAUCUCCGAGGUUCAGAGGACGGAUACAGCAGGAACGAAAAAACAUCCGACCCAACAUUAUCCUCGUGCUCACUGAUGACCAAGAUGUGGAGCUGGGGUCCCUGCAAGUCAUGAACAAAACAAGAAAGAUUAUGGAACGUGGUGGAGCCACCUUCACCAAUGCCUUUGUGACAACACCCAUGUGCUGCCCCUCCCGAUCCUCCAUGCUCACGGGGAAAUACGUGCACAACCACAACGUCUACACCAACAACGAGAACUGCUCUUCACCCUCGUGGCAGGCAGUGCAUGAACCUCGAACGUUUGCUGUAUAUCUUAACAACACUGGCUACAGAACAGCCUUUUUUGGAAAAUACCUCAAUGAAUAUAAUGGCAGCUACAUCCCUCCUGGGUGGCGAGAAUGGCUUGGAUUAAUCAAGAAUUCUCGUUUCUAUAAUUACACUGUUUGUCGCAAUGGCAUCAAAGAGAAGCAUGGAUUUGAUUAUGCAAAGGACUACUUCACAGACUUAAUCACUAACGAGAGCAUUAAUUACUUCAAAAUGUCUAAGAGAAUGUAUCCCCAUAGGCCCAUUAUGAUGGUGAUCAGCCACGCUGCGCCCCACGGCCCUGAGGACUCGGCCCCACAGUUUUCAAAACUGUACCCCAAUGCUUCCCAACACAUAACUCCUAGUUAUAACUAUGCACCAAAUAUGGAUAAGCAUUGGAUUAUGCAGUACACGGGACCUAUGCUGCCCAUCCACAUGGAAUUUACAAACGUUCUACAUCGCAAAAGGCUUCAGACGUUGAUGUCAGUGGAUGAUUCUGUGGAAAGGCUAUAUAAUAUGCUCGUGGAGACGGGAGAGCUGGAGAACACAUACAUCAUUUACACUGCCGACCAUGGUUACCACAUCGGGCAGUUUGGGCUGGUCAAGGGGAAAUCCAUGCCAUAUGACUUUGACAUCCGUGUGCCUUUCUUUAUUCGUGGUCCAAGUGUAGAACCAGGAUCAACUGUCCCACAGGUUGUUCUCAACAUCGACCUGGCCCCUACGAUCCUGGAUAUCGCUGGGCUCGACACACCUUAUGAUGUGGAUGGCAAGUCUGUCCUCACGCUUCUGGACUUGGAAAAGCCAGGUAACAGGUUUCGAACAAACAAGAAGGCCAAAAUUUGGCGUGAUACAUUCCUCGUGGAAAGAGGGAAAUUUCUGCGAAAGAAGGAAGAAUCCAGCAAGAAUAUCCAACAAUCAAAUCAUUUGCCCAAAUAUGAGAGGGUCAAAGAACUCUGCCAGCAGGCCAGGUACCAAACAGCCUGUGAACAGCCUGGGCAGAAGUGGCAGUGCAUUGAGGAUGCGUCUGGAAAGCUUCGGAUUCACAAGUGCAAAGGAUCUGGUGACCUGCUCUCCAUCCGGCAGAGCACGCGGAACCUCUACUCUCGCGGCUUCCACAGCGAGGACAAAGAGUGCAAUUGUGGAGAGUCUGGUUAUCGGGCCAGCAGAAGCCAGAGGAAGAGUCAAAGGCAGUUUCUAAGAAACCAGGGGACUCCGAAGUACAAGCCCAGAUUUGUCCAUACUCGACAGACACGUUCCUUGUCAGUCGAAUUUGAAGGUGAAAUAUAUGACAUAAACCUGGAAGAAGAAGAACUGCAAGUGUUGCGACCAAGAAACAUCGCCAAGCGUCACGAUGAAGGUCACGAGGGCCCCGGAGGUCGCCAGGCUACCGGCGGCGGGGACGCGAUGCCGGCCGACAGAGGCAGUGCCGUGGGCCUACCCGCCACCGUCCGAGUCACACACAAGUGCUUUAUUCUUCCAAAUGAUACAAUCCACUGUGAGAGAGAAUUGUAUCAAUCAGCCAGAGCCUGGAAGGACCACAAGGUGUACAUUGAUAAAGAGAUUGAAGCUUUGCAAGAUAAAAUUAAGAAUUUAAGAGAAGUGAGAGGACACCUAAAGAGAAGAAAGCCUGAGGAAUGUGGCUGUAGUAAACAGAGCUAUUACACUAAAGAGAAAGGUGUAAAAAAGCAAGAGAAAUUGAAGAGCCAUCUUCACCCAUUCAAGGAGGCUGCUCAGGAGGUGGACAGCAAGCUGCAGCUGUUCAAGGAGAACCGGCGGAGGAGGAAGGAGAGGAAGGAGAGGAAACGGCAGCGGAAGGGAGACGAAUGCAGCCUCCCCGGCCUCACCUGCUUCACACACGACAACAACCACUGGCAGACGGCCCCAUUCUGGAACUUGGGAUCUUUCUGUGCUUGCACGAGUUCUAACAAUAACACCUACUGGUGUUUGCGUACAGUUAAUGAGACACAUAAUUUUCUUUUCUGUGAGUUUGCCACUGGCUUUUUGGAGUAUUUUGAUAUGAAUACAGAUCCUUAUCAGCUCACAAAUACAGUGCACACGGUGGAACGAGGCAUUUUAAAUCAGCUACACGUACAACUGAUGGAGCUCCGAAGCUGUCAGGGGUAUAAGCAGUGCAACCCAAGACCUAAGGGCCUUGAAGUUGAGGACAGUUAUGGGAAGGAUGGGAAGGCUAAUUUGCCAAGUCUCACUGCAGAUGUCAACUGGCAAGGCCUGGAGGAUUUAUACAGAGUGAAUGAAAGCAUCUAUGAGUACAGACAGAACUAUAGACUUAGUCUGGUUGACUGGACUAAUUACUUGAAGGAUGUAGAUAGAGUUUUUGCACUGCUGAACAGUCACCAUGAGCAAAGUACAAGAAAUAAGACCACAGCUGCUCCAGGUGAUGGGCUCCUGGCUGUAUCUGCUGAGCUGUUUGUGCCAGUGGAGGUGGCCUCCGCUGAGCCAGAUGAAGACCGGGGUCGUAUGCUUGGGGGAGCACCUCAUUUGACAUUGCCAGCUGACCUUCGAGGCCUGCCUUUGAACCGACCAACAUUCGGUCCAGAAAGUAAACUUGAAUGGAAUAAUGACAUUCCAGAAGUUAGUCGUUUGAAUGCUGAACACUGGAGAAAUCAUAAAACUGAAAAUUGGAUGGCGCAUGAAGAGAUAAAUCAUCUUGAAGUUGAUUUCAGUGGCAAUGGUAUGACGGAGCUGGCACUCCAGCCCAGCCCCUGGCUGCAGCCCCUCAGCGAGCAUCAGAAAGAACUUCCCCAGGACGGUGGCCCAAGGGAAGAUGUUUUUGAAGGUCGGCUCUACCUUCCUGUGCAUUCUGAUGUUGCUGCUAGUCAUCAGACGAUCGGUGUGUCCGCCGUGGGGCAGCCUGUGAACUCCAGCAGCAUGGAAAGGAUAUUGAACAAGGUGGAGAAGAAUCUCAGGAAGGGGAGCUUACCAAGUCCAGAAGGCAGCACCCCCUUCCCACUCUUCUCCGAUUAGAUGGAAUUGUUACCUUCCCCCAAACACAGUAUUUUUUUUUAACUUUUUAUUAGUAAACUAAUAAAGGCAAUCAUGAAAACCAACAUUCCGAAAUACCCUAGGCACCUAUGUGCAGAAGUUAAUGUAGACGUGAGUGCACAUGUGAGCAGUAGGCACCCAGGGACUGUGUUGUAAUUCACUGUAUGUCGAAAGUAGAGAGGUUGAUUUACAGGGGUUUUUUUCAUUUGUUUUAGGGGCUACUAAAACAGUAUUAUCUUUUGAAAACUGUAGGAAAGUGCAUUGACAAAUGUUACCCAAUCAAGAUGGCUACAGUUGUGCCUUUCUGAGUCUGUAAAACUUGACAUCCUCAGUGAAUCGUUCAGCAUGCUUUCCACUGCCUACAUAAUGUGGUUUUGAUUCCUUUUUAACCACUGGAAUUUUUCAGUGCCAUUGUUUUUUAGUUCAGUGAUUUUGCACUUUGAGAUUGGAAUGCCAUGUCUAUUUGGUUAGUCUCUCUUUUGUUUUUUUUUACAAACUUGUCAUGGUCUCACUGCUUGCUCUCAGUGUGACAAAGUAAAAUAGGCCCCCAAGGAUGACACACAGUAUGAAUCACGUAUUGUUCAGCAUACACUUUUGCCAGAAAACAUUGCAUGUGUUUUACAUUGACUUGCUAAAAUUGAUUAGCAGAAAGGCAUGGCUAAUAGUGUUGGCAGUAAAAAUUAAUUAAUUAAUUAAACAAAGAUGGCCUGCUCUCUCUGUGCCUAGCCUCAAAGUGUUCUUCAUAUGCAUAAGAUUGCUAAAUUUUUAUUAUUUUCUCAACAGGAUAAAAAGACUGAGGACAUUUUUUUUCUUUUUCAUUUUGUUUUGUGGUCUUGGCCUGGCUAAUAGGCUCAAGUGUUGAAAAAAAAAAUACGUUUCAUUUUGAAUUUAUAUAGGGUAUUUUUUUAAUAAAACAAACUUGUGAAUGUUUCAUAAUUUAAGCACCCCAUAUGUGUUCUAUGAUUAUUUUUAAGGCCUUCACCAAGCUCUGAUGUUUUUAAAGGCUAGUUCAAAACCGCUUUUGAAAUUCUGUGUUCCUGAAAAUAUUCUUAUUGUGUAUUCAAUUUUUAAAUACCAGCAAAAUGAUUACCUCAUUGAGCAUUAUCAGUACCCAAGUCAACUUCCCAAGAAGGUUUGUUUUUUUUUUAGCUUAACCAGUGACAUUUUUAUUUUUAGAUAACUCUCAUGUAGGUAAAUUAUGUUUUCUUUAAGUGUUUAAGGUAAACUCUUAAAGAAAAUUUAAUAUGUUAUAGUUUAAUCUUUGAUAACUUUAUGUCUUUAUCAUAGACUGUAUAUAUGUUAAAAAUAAGUAGCCCUUUAUCAGAUGUGUGUGUCACCAGCUGAAUGACAGAAGAAACAUAUUUAUGGUCAUGAAUGAUGAUGUACUUUGUAAAAAGUUUCAAGUUAUUAGGAAGCAUAUUGUGUUUUUAUAAUCUUGUGUAAUAUUCUGUAAUACUUUUAUAGAACAACUCUGGCUUCAGGAAAGUCUAGAAGCAAUAUUUCUUGAAAUAAAAAGUGUUUAAACUUUACCUGUUUCAGAAAAA